AUGCAAAUGACAGUCCAGGCUCUCCAGGAUGAAUUGCGGAUCCAGAGGGACCUGAACCAGCUGUUUCAACAGGAUAGUAACAGUAGGACUGGUGAGCCUUGCGUGGCAGAGCUGACGGAGGAGAACUUCCAGAGGCUGCACACUGAGCAUGAGCGGCAGGCCCAGGAGCUGUUCCUCCUUCGAAAGACUCUGGAGGAGAUGGAGCUGCGGAUUGAGACUCAGAAGCAAACCCUGAGCGCUCGGGACGAAUCCAUCAAGAAGCUUCUGGAGAUGUUGCAGAGCAAGGGGCUUUCUGCUAAGGCUACUGAGGAGGACCACGAGAGAACAAGGAGACUGGCAGAGGCAGAGAUGCAUGUCCACCACCUCGAAAGCCUUUUGGAGCAGAAGGAAAAAGAGAACGCUCUGUUGAGAGAGGAGAUGCAUCGGAGAUUUGAGAAUGCCCCCGAUUCUGCCAAAACUAAAGCUCUGCAAACUGUUAUCGAAAGGAAGGAUUCAAAAAUUUCCUCUAUGGGGCGUGGGCUCCGAGACUUGGAAGAGGAGAUUCAGAUGCUGAAAUCGAACGGGGCUUUGAGUACUGAAGAACGAGAGGAAGAAAUGAGGCAAAUGGAGGUUUAUCGGAGCCAGUCUACAUUUAUGAAAAACAAGAUUGGUCAGGUGAAGCAGGAGCUGUCCAGAAAGGACACAGAACUACUAGCCCUACAGACAAAGCUAGAAACACUCACCAACCAGUUCUCAGACAGCAAGCAACACAUUGAAGUGCUGAAGGAGUCCUUGACUGCUAAGGAGUCGAGGGCUGCCAUCCUGCAGACCGAGGUGGAUGCUCUGCGGUUGCGUUUGGAAGAGAAGGAAACCAUGCUGAAUAAGAAGACAAAACAAAUCCAGGACGUGGCUGAGGAGAAGGGGACACAAGCUGGAGAGAUCCAUGACCUCAAGGACAUGCUGGAUGUGAAGGAGCGGAAAGUUAAUGUCCUUCAGAAGAAGAUUGAAAAUCUCCAAGAGCAACUUAGAGAUAAGGAAAAGCAGAUGAGCAGCUUGAAGGAGCGAGUCAAAUCCUUGCAGGCUGACACCACCAACACUGACACCGCCUUGACUACUUUGGAGGAGGCCCUUGCCGAGAAGGAGCGGACAGUCGAACGCUUAAAGGACCAGCGGGACCGAGAUGAGCGAGAAAAGCAGGAGGAAAUUGAUAACUACAAAAAAGAUCUUAAAGACCUGAAAGAAAAAGUCAGCCUAUUGCAAGGCGACCUCUCAGAGAAAGAGGCUUCACUCUUGGAUCUGAAAGAGCAUGCUUCUUCCCUGGCUUCCGCAGGACCGAAAAAGGACUCACGGCUUAAGACACUAGAAAUUGCUUUGGAGCAGAAGAAGGAAGAGUGUCUGAAGAUGGACUCGCAGUUGAAAAAGGCACACGAGGCAGCAUUGGAAGCCAGAGCCAGUCCAGAGAUGAGUGAUCGAAUACAGCAAUUGGAGAGAGAGAUUGCCAGGUACAAAGAUGACUCUAGCAAGGCCCGGGCAGAAGUUGACCUCCUCUUGGAAAUCUUGAAGGAGGUGGAAAAUGAGAAGAAUGACAAAGAUAAGAAGAUUGCUGAGUUGGAAAGAGACAUUCUGGCUGUUAUAGGGAAGAUUAACCAAGAUGGCGGAGUAGAAGGACGUGCUCUCACUCCCUCUUCGAGAGCACCAGAAUCACAACUGGC